AUGGCACCGACAAUCACAAUUGCCUCUCAGGGUGGCAUGUUUCACACGUUCCAGGGUGUCACCCCCAGGAAGCCGGCCACGGAACCGCAGGAGAACCCAAAGACCACAAUCAGCACAACAGCCAAGAGGAUAACAACACCACAUGCAUGUGCUGAGUGCAAGCGCCGCAAGAUUCGAUGUGAUGGACAGCAGCCCUGCGGUCAAUGUCUCUCGAGCCGCGCUCCCAAGCGGUGCUUCUACGACAAGCACCGUCAGAGGGUGAUACCGUCGAGGAAGACUCUGGAGGCGCUGUCUCAGUCUCUGGAGGAGUGCCGGUCCAUCCUGAAGCGGCUAUAUCCCAACCACGACGUCCAGGCUCUUCUGCCACUCUCCCGGAACGAUCUGCUCAACCUCCUGGACCGAUCGGGCAACGAGACCUCGGGAGGUCUGCCGUCACCUCCACUUACAUCACCGCUCCCUGGCGGCGACCUAGACUCACCCAUCUGUCCAUCCUCGACCGAAAGCCUCUGCGGGCUGGAACAGCUGCCUGCAAGGAACACAGAGUGGGAUGAGGAGCGAAGAGGGAGAGACCCGAUCCCGGCAGAGGCAGACGAUGUGAAUGCCCUGUCUCUGUCUGUCGACCGUCAAACGUCGUACCUGGGAGCGUCGUCGAUCAAGGCGGCCCUGAUGGUCAUGCUCAAGGUCCAGCCACAGCUAAGGAGCGCCCUGAGCGCGCCGCUGAGCACAUCGGAGGUGCCACACAGCUUUCCUGCGGCCCGUACCAGCAAGCCGAGCGCGCAAAAGGACCCACAGCGGAUUCCUUGGUCCUGGAAGGGACAGACGUUGAUUGAUGCCUACUUCAAGAGGAUCCACGUCUUUAUCCCGAUGCUGGACGAGACGUCGUUCCGGGCCGACUACCUGGAGGGACAGCGGUUCGAUGGGCCCUGGCUCGCGCUCCUCAACAUGGUCUUUGCCAUGGGCAGCAUCGUGGCCAUGAAAUCCGACGACCACAACCACAUCAACUACUACAACCGGGCCAUGGAGCACCUGCCGCUCGACGCGCUGGGGAGCAGCCACAUCGAGACGGUGCAGGCCCUCGCCAUCAUCGGCGGCUACUACCUGCACUACAUCAACCGGCCGAACAUGGCCAAUGCCGUCCUGGGAGGAACCAUCAGGAUGGCCAGCGCCCUCGGCCUGCACAGGGAGAGCCUGGCGCAGAGCACCAACGACGUGGCCGCCGCCGAGACGCGAAGACGCACGUGGUGGAGCCUCUUUUGCCUGGACACAUGGGCCACCACCACCAUGGGCCGCCCGUCGUUCGGCCGCUGGGGCCCGGCUGUGAACAUACGCGCGCCCGAGUUUGGGGUCAACACCUCACGAGACUCGUCACAGCACGCAGGGAUCCUACCGCUGGUGGAGAACAUCAAGUUCUGCAAGAUUGCCACGUCGAUCCAGGACAUGCUCGCCGUCGCGCCGCUCCUCACCACGGACGACCGGCACAACCUGGACGGGCAGCUGGUCAGCUGGUACAGCAGCCUGCCCUGGCUGCUCAGGACGACGGACCCGUGCGCAGAGCCGCUCUACAUUGCGCGGUGCAUCAUCAAGUGGCGCUACCAGAACCUGCGGAUGCUGAUCCACCGGCCCGUGCUCCUCAGCCUGGCGAGCAGCAACGCGACGUCGGCGGCCGAGGCAGACGUUGCGGCGGUGGAGAUGUGCCGCGAGCUGGCCAAGCACACGGUGGACGACAUUGCGCGCGAGUGGAGCCGCAACCAGAUGUCCGGGUGGAACGCGGCGUGGUUCCUGUACCAGGCGGCCAUGGUGCCGCUCGUGUCGGUCUUUUGGCAGUGGGACAGCCCGCGCGUGCCCGACUGGCACAAGCAGAUCGACACCAUCAUCGAGCUGCUCGAGGCCAUGGAGGACUGGUCGCUGGCCGCCCGCCGCAGCCGCGAGGUCGUCACGCGCAUGUACGAGGCGAGCCGGACCAUUGCACAGACGCGUGGUGGAGGGGCGCCACGAGGCGAGGCUAUCGACACACCCCUCAGCCCGACCUCGCUGCAGAGCUUCCUGUCACAACACCAUCAUCAUCUCCACCACCAACAACAACAGCAGCAGCAGCAGCAGCAACAGCAUCAGGACUUGGGCGGGCUCUUUGCCACGUCUCCUCCGGCUGGCGACCAGCUCAUGUCGCCAAUCGGGCUGGACGGGCCCGAGGGAAUGUCCAUGAUGGGCAUGCUGGACCAGCAGGGGAUGUUGCUCGACCCAGAAGGCAUGUACUGGCCAUCCCAGGCUGCCGACGACCUGGGCCUUGAUCCAUACCCGCCCGUACCAACGGAUGCCACUGGACAUCCUGGCACCCUGGAGACUGCUGGAUAUGGUUUUGUACAUUGA